AUGCCAGACAAAAACGCUGAAUCGGUCGACAAAGGUAAUCUAGCGGGCUCCAUCGCUGGCUCCGUUCUGGGAGCAGACGUGGGCAACAAAAUGCACCUGGGAGCGAUCGGUGGUAUCGCUGCCAGCGUUUUUGGUUCGGGACAGGGCUCCAAGGCAGAAAACAAGAUCAAAGAGAAAAUGAAUCAAAAUUGA